GUUUAUUUCGCGAGUAUCGCGAAUCGAUGAUGUCACGGAUUCAAGGACGGAGCUGGACAAAGGUCAAUGUAUUUUCAGUUUCUUUAAAGUUCUAGACAAAGGCGCGAUUGACGCAUUUACGUUCGACGAGCCGAAGCGUUUGGGUGUUUUCAUCGGACCUCAUUGGAAAUUUAUAGUGAAAUACUUAGUUUUAUUUCUGUAUUAUACUCGUUAUUGUUUACUGACACAGCACCGUCUUGGAUCCAGUUGAUUAAUUUCCAACAAUUACGCCAGUUUUUUGGCUCCGAUAAAUUUCCACAGUGCGGCAACACAUUCUUGAAAACAAAAUGAUCACAUUGGUAAGUCUGCUGCUUUUGGUCUCCACUGGAGUCAUUGCAGAAAGUUGUGAAGAUAAUAAAGAGGAACAGUGUGCUGCUACAACACCUGCUGUUUUUAACCAAGAUAAAGAUUGGAGUUCUGCUACUACAAUCUAUGAUUUUCAUGCUCGAGAUAUCCAUGGCAAUGACGUAUCAUUAAGUAAAUAUCGUGGGCAUGUGUGCAUAAUUGUCAAUGUUGCUAGCCAAUGUGGCUUAACAGACACAAACUACAAAGAGCUUGUACAGUUGUAUGAGAAGUACAGCCAGAAGGAAGGGUUAAGGAUUCUUGCAUUCCCAUCCAAUCAGUUUGGUAGCCAAGAACCAGGCUCCUCUGAGCAAAUUUUAGAUUUUAUUAAGAAAUACGAUGUCACUUUUGAUGUUUAUGAAAAGGUUGAUGUUAAUGGUGAUACUGCACAUCCAUUAUGGAAAUGGUUGAAAACCCAGGCAAAUGGAUUCAUAACAGACAGCAUAAAGUGGAACUUCACUAAAUUCAUUGUUGAUAAGGAAGGCAAAGCUGUUUCCAGACACUCGCCGACCACAGAUCCUCUUCAAAUGGAAUCUGAACUGAAGAAAUACUUUUAAGAAUUUGUAUAUUCUUUUGUGCUCAGAGUCUUAACCAGUUACACUUCCAUAAUACUCAACAUUAUGAUUGUUACAUGGACAAACAUACAGUAAUACUACCAUUUUACUUUCUAUAUUGUGUAAACUUGUGCAGUUUAUUAAGCACUUGUAUAAGAGUCUCCGUUAUAGAAUAAGUCCUUGUCCCUUAUUCCAUUUGUGUUAGCAUUACUCGAUGUAUGUAUCAGAUUAAGAUGAUACGAAUAAAUACAUUUCUUUACUUUUAA